AUGGCGGAUCUUACUCUCGGGGCUGUAGCUUUGUUGCCAGUGGUCAUCAGUUGCAGUCGCAAACUCCGCAAUGCGUAUAAAUCAAUCAAGUAUGCGCGGAGCGAACUAGAAGGACUUACCGACGAGAUGGAUAUAUUUACCGGCACAUAUACUGCGUUCCUCCGGUGUUGCGCCAAAGAGGGGAAGCAACAGAAGCGUGUGUCUGUGGCCAAGGAGAAGUUAGUCAUAUGGACUCGGCAAGCCAUACAAGACUACAAGAAACUGUUACACAAAGUGGAUGCACUUGCUCGACAUCCCGUUCACAAACAUACUGUCACUGAACUCGCCUUUGCCCAAUUGAAAUGGCCUUUCAGGAAGAACCAUGUAGUAUAUCUACGCGCCUCCCUCAAUGUUGCCAGACAGAGUUUAGUCAGCUUCACGAAUAUCCACAACAUGGCAAUACUGGACGAGCAACUUGAUCUUCUCAAAGCUGUGAUCUCACGGCGCGAGAGGAAGGAGAUUGAGAAGGAGUAUGGCAUGACUAAGGAAGAACUAGAAGGCCUAAGAGACACAUACGAGAUGCAGCAGAGCGGAUUACCGAUCCUCCUUCAGGAAGCGCAGAACAAAGUUCUAGCCUACACAAACCAGAGCCAGGAUUACGGGGUUAUCCAGCAGAUGGAACAACUACGGGAAUUCUCAGAAUCUGUAAACCGCUAUGUUGAUCGUGUUCUUCCGGUGGAUAGAACUGGCAACAGACCACCCCGUCCCUCACGGCGAUCCAGAGUUGGAUCAGGACGACAUCAGAACGACUCAUCUGUGACAUCCCAGACCACUGCUACAGUAUCGACAACGUCCACUCAGCCCUCACAUCAUCGAAAUCCAGUUCCAGAGUCGCCCCCAACAUCGCCAGAGCCAUCUAUAGCAAGAAGUCCUAUCGUCGAGACACAGCCCGAAGAAGAAGAAACAACCAGUAUACUGAACUUUUGUCAAAAGUGCUCAGGUACAUGUAUCAACACUGAGGCCCACAGCACUUCCAUUCGGCCACCAACUCCAGGCCCACGGACCUACAUUGCAUAUGCUCCCAUUCAAGGAUACGACGCAAGAGACACUCGUAUUGCAUCCCAUUCACAGUCAAGCUCGAGAUCCCAAAGGCAGUCGGAUAGCGCCAAUGGAACGCCUGCAUCAAGACCACGUCCUAACUCUCUCCAACGAUACCCACCGAAACCGAGUGUUGAGCCCGCAGACGAAGAAAGACCAACCCUGGAUAACGAUCGCGCGAGUUCUCGAGAGAAUCAAAAUGGUCCCAAAGACGAAAUAGCUGGAGAAAAUGUUCCAACAGAAGAGCAAGCUACUGGGUCAAAGUCGAGUAUAUGGAGAGGUAUUGGCGCAUUUGAGGGAGAUAUGCCGAAAGGUUUGCGCAUACGGCGGCAGAGGAGUCGUUCACCUCAGGACUUUUGGUAG